AUGGAAUCUGUGAAUUUGAAAAUGUCUCUUCUAUCUCAUUUUAUAGUAUCGGCAAUCUUUUGGGUGAAGAGCGAGAUGCAACGCGUGAGAAUGUGGAAAGAAAACAAGCAAGAGCCGCUGGCGAGAAUGAGGAUGACGAGGAAGAACCACAGGUAGAAAGCGACGAGGAAGAAGAUGAUGGUGUACCCUACAACCCCAAAAAUCUUCCUCUUGGCUGGGACGGAAAGCCAAUUCCAUAUUGGUUGUAUAAGCUGCAUGGACUCAACAUCUCAUAUUCAUGUGAAAUUUGUGGCAAUCAAAUUUAUAAAGGACCCAAAGCAUUCCAGAAGCACUUCAAUGAAUGGCGGCACUCACAUGGCAUGCGCUGUCUUGGAAUUCCAAACACAGCUCACUUUGCCAACAUCACGCAUAUUAAAGAUGCUCUAGAUCUGUGGAAUAAAAUCAAGGGAGAAAAGGUACCGCAACCUCUGCUAAGAAACUUUUCCAGUUAA